AUGCACAUGCGCGGAGGAUUCACUAAUCCAUGCGCACCAAGCGAGGAACAACAGUUAAUUUACCUGCCCAUACUUCAAGCCAAGCUGGCAGCAGAUGGAAGCAGGCAUCUAAAUCCUUUUGAGCUAUUAAGCGUCUCUACACAAGUCGUCGCCGGAACAAAUUAUAAGUUUGUGGUCAAAUUCAAUGAAGACGCUUGCACGGAACUCAAAUUCUAUCAAGCCCUCGGCGAACCGCUGCAUAUGAUGCGUUCAACCGGCAGCAGGACAGUACCAUGCAUACAACCUCUCUUGCCAUGUAGGCCAACGUGA